AUGGCCACCCCUGACGGGAGGGUGGCCUCCGGACCCCAGAGACCCAGCCAGGGCUCUCAGGGGAGCAGGGCCUGCCCGGGCCCCCUGGACAGCCUGGAGUGGAGGGAGACCCCAGAGCGGGCGCCGGGCCAGCUGGCCAUGCUGAGGAAAGCCCAGGAGUUCUUCCAGACCUGUGACGCCGAAGGCAAGGGCUUCAUCGCCAGGAGGGACCUGCAGAGGCUCCAUGAGGAGUUGCCGCUCAGCCUGGAGGAGCUGGAGGAUGUGUUUGAUGCCCUGGAUGCUGAUGGCAACGGCUUUCUGACUCCAGAAGAGUUCACUACUGGAUUUAGUCACUUCUUCUUCAGUCAGAAUAGCCCAAGCCAGGAAGACCCAGGCGAGCAGGGGGCCCAGCACCAGGAAGAGAAGGUGUAUCAGUCCAGAGGGGGCGAGGCCCUGGGAGACAUGGAUGAAGAUGAGGAGUCCCAAUUCCAGAGGCUGAUGGACAGACUUGGGACCCAGAAGGUUUUGGAAGAUGAGAGUGACGUCAAGCAGCUCUGGCUGCAGCUGAAGAAGGACGAACCUCACCUUCUGUCCAACUUCGAAGAUUUCCUCACCAGAAUCUUCUCCCAGCUCCAAGAAGCCCACGAGGAGAGGAACGAGCUGGAGUUUGCCCUGAAAAAGAAAAUUGCUGCUUAUGAUGAAGAGAUCCGGCAUCUCUACGAGGAGAUGGAACAACAAAUUAAAAGCGAGAAGGAGCAGUUUCUCCUGAAGGACACGGAGAGGUUUCAGGCCCGCAGUCGGGAGCUGGAGCAGAAACUGUUAUCGAAGGAGCAGGAACUGGAGCAGCUCAUCCAGAAGCAGAAAAGGCUGGAAGGCCAGUGCACAACCCUGCAUAACGACAAGCACGAAACCAAGGCUGAGAACACCAAGCUGAAACUCACUAACCAGGAGCUGGCCCAGGAGCUGGAGCGGACCUCCCGGGAGCUGCAGGACGCCCAGCAGCAGCUAGAGAGCCUCCAGCAGGAGGCCUGUACGCUCCACCAGGAGAAGGAGAUGGAAGUGUACCGUGUGACGGAGAGCCUGCAGCGGGAGAAGGCCGGGCUCCUGAAGCAGCUGGACUUCCUGAGGGAAAGAAACAAACAUCUUCGGGAUGAACGGGACAUAUGUUUUCAGAAAGAUAAGGCAGCCAAGGCAAACACAGCUGCUUCCAAGGCAAGCUGGAAAAGGAGGUCUGGCUCCGUGAUAGGCAAAUAUAUGGACAGCAGAGGGAUUCUUAGAAGCCAGUCAGAGGAGGAGGAGGAUGUGUUUGGCAUCCCGAGGAGGAGGAGCUCCCUAGGCCUGAGCGAAUGUCCCUUGACAGAAGAGGAGUCGGGAGGCAGGGAGCCAGGGGCUGGGGGGCUGCCUCCCCGGGCACUCCGCAGAAUCAUCUCCAUCGAAGAAGACCCACUGCCCCAGCUCCUGGAUGGUGGCUUUGAGCAACCCCUGAGCAGAUGCCCAGAGGAGGAUCGGGCCUCCAGCCAGGGAGUGGAAGGACAGACCCAGGAGGCCCCACCCUCGAAACUCACCCCUGUUUCUCCCCGAGGGCAGCCUGUCGGAAAGGAAGCCCUCUCGAAGGAGGAAGAUUCCCCCUUGGCCCCUGACCGGCUCUUCAAGAUCGUGUUCGUGGGCAAUUCUGCCGUGGGAAAGACAUCCUUCCUUCGGAGGUUCUGUGAGGACAGGUUCUCCCCAGGCAUGGCGGCCACGGUGGGCCUCGAUUACCGUGUGAAGACGGUGCACGUGGACGGCUCUCGGGUGGCCUUGCAGCUGUGGGACACGGCCGGGCAGGAGAGGUACCGCUGCAUUACCCAGCAGUUCUUCCGAAAGGCCGAUGGCGUCAUUGUCAUGUACGACCUCACGGCCAGGCAGUCAUUCCUGUCGGUCCGGCAGUGGCUGAGCAACGUGGAGGAAGCUGUGGGGGACCUGGUUCCGGUUCUUCUGCUGGGUAAUAAGCUGGACAAUGAGAAAGAGCGGGAAGUCCCCCGAGGCCUCGGAGAGCAGCUCGCCAAGCAGAACAAUCUGAUCUUCUAUGAAUGUAGUGCGUAUUCUGGCCACAACACCAAAGAGUCCCUGCUGCACCUGGCCAGGUUUCUCAAGGAGCAAGAGGACACAGCCAGGGAGGACACCAUUCAGGUUGGCCGCGCCAAGAAGAAAUCCUGCUGUGGCUGA